AUGGAGGCAGCCUCCGCUCGCGCUGCGGCUCGCGACCGCUGGGGAGAGAUGGGAUAUCCGACCCCUUCAAAGCUGCAGCGCUUCAUCUCGUCUGCCUGCAGCCCUGAGAAUUAUGAGCCAAAUCUGGCCCUGAAUCUGGAGAUUGCCGACCUGAUCAACAGCAAGAAGGGCAGCGCGCCCCGGGAGGCGGCCGUCGCCAUCGUCGGCUACAUCAACCACCGAAACACCAAUGUUGCCAUGCUGGCUCUGAACUUGCUCGAUAUUUGCGUCAAGAAUUGUGGCUACCCUUUCCACCUGCAAAUCAGCACCAAGGAGUUCCUCAAUGAGCUCGUCAGGCGGUUCCCCGAGAGACCUCCGAUUCGACCAACCCGGGUGCAAGCCAAGAUCUUGGAGGCCAUUGAAGAGUGGAGGAGCACAAUAUGCGAGACGAGUCGGUACAAGGAGGAUCUAGGGUUCAUUCGGGACAUGCACAGGCUGCUCAGCUACAAGGGCUACACCUUUCCCGAAGUGCGCAGGGAUGAUGCCGCAGUGCUCAACCCCAGUGAUAACCUCAAGUCUGCCGAGGAGAUGGCGGAAGAAGAAAAGGAGGCGCAAUCGGCCAAACUUCAAGAACUUAUCCGUCGUGGAACCCCCGAAGAUCUGCGCGAGGCAAACAAGCUCAUGAAAGUCAUGGCUGGUUAUGAUACACGGUCCAAGACUGACUACCGCGCAAAAGCCGCUGAGGAAGUCGGUAAGAUCCAGGCCAAGGCUAGGCUUCUCGAGGAGAGGCUAGAUGCCUUCAAGCCUGGCGACAAACUCGAGGAGGGAGACGUUUUUGAAGAGCUCGCGGCAGCCUUGUCGAGCGCGCAACCCAAGAUUCAAAAGAUGUGCGAAGAAGAGUCAGAAGACCACGAGGCCGUUGCCAAGUUGCUCGAAAUCAACGACAGCAUACACCGCACCGUUGAGAGGUGGAAGCUGCUGAAAAAGGGAGACGUUGAAGGCGCCGCAAAGAUCGCCAAGGGUGCUCCGAUACCAUCACUCCAGAGUUCAGCCAAGGCAGGCAGUAGCAGUUCUGCCGCCAAUGAGCUGUCCUUGAUUGACUUUGAUGGCGAUGCUUCUGCGACAAAUGGCUCAGGCAAUGCUGGACCCAGCUCACAGGGCAGCGGCUUGGAAAAUGACCUGCUUGGACUUUCCAUGAGCGAUAGUGGUAGCUUUGGUCAAGCAGGAGGCAUAUCGUUGGGCUUUGGUGCCAAUACCAGUAAAAUAGAUGUUCCUGGCCUCUUGUCAUCAACGACUCAGAAUUCGACGGCAACAGGUGUCCCGAUGAUGACCACUUCGCCGCCACCACAAUCCUUUACUCCCUUUGCAGCUUUCAGUUCAGCGCCUUCAGCUUCUCAAUCUAAUACCCCCCAGCCAUCGAUCAUGUCUGCCUUUGCACCUCCCAAAUCUGCAACACCUGCUAAUGAUCCCUUUGCUGCUUUGGCAUCCUCGCAAUUCUCUUCCAAGCCGGCAACCCCCAAGCCAGCGGUACCCGCCCCCGUCACAUCCAACGAUGAUGACGAGUGGUCCUUCUCCUCGGCGCUUCCGAGUGAGACCCCUGCGCUGCCUAAAGAACAUUCUGCCUCGGUAAAGGAAGGACAGCUCAAGAUUGACAUGAAGGCUGCGAGAUCCCCUCAAGGACCUAGUGCCAUUGCCUUGUCCUUUGCCUUUUCCAAUACUACCACAAAUCAGUCCAUUGGUGAUCUACACUUUGAGCUUGCUGUUACCAAGGGCUACGAGCUGCAAGUUCAACCUCAGACUGGACGCAACCUGGGUCCCAAUCAGAGAUAUGGCGUGACGCAGACGAUGCAAGUAUGGCAUGCAGGCGACAAGUCGAAGAAGGUGGAGAGUAUCAAAUUGCGGUGGAGGGUGAGCUACAAGUUGGACAACGAAGUCAAAACCGAGGUCGGCAGCAUCCCCGAGUUUGGUCUUGCAUAG